AUGUCGAAGAGUUCUGGAGGGGACAGAUGGCUAAAUGAGCUUGGCUACAAGCUGGGCCAAACGCUGGGGGAGGGCAGCUAUUCUAAAGUAAGGGUAGCCACCUCAGCCAAGUACAAAGGCCCAUUAGCCAUCAAAGUAGUAGAUCGACGCCGGGCACCCCCUGACUUUGUACACAAGUUUCUCCCACGAGAGCUCUCCAUCUUACGGGCCAUUCGUCAUCCUAACAUUGUACGUGUCUUUGAAUUCAUUGAAGUUUGCAAUGGGAAACUUUAUAUUGUGAUGGAAGCUGCUUCAACUGACUUGCUUCAACUAGUGCAACAAUUGGGGAAGCUACCCUGCAUCCCAGAAGCUCGAGACAUCUUUGUCCAGGUCGUGAGUGCUGUACGUUACUUGCAUGACAGAAAUUUGGUGCACCGGGACCUUAAAUGUGAAAACGUACUGCUCACUGCGGAUGGCCGUCGAGCAAAGCUGACCGACUUUGGCUUUGGCAGGGAGUCGCGUGGGUAUCCAGACCUGAGCACCACUUACUGCGGCUCCGCUGCCUACGCCUCCCCGGAAGUGCUGCUGGGCAUUCCCUAUGAUCCCAAGAAGUAUGAUGUGUGGAGCCUGGGAGUAGUACUUUAUGUGAUGGUUACCGGCUGCAUGCCCUUUGAUGACAGCCACAUCCAUAGUAUGCCCCGCCGCCAAAAGAAGGGGGUCUUCUAUCCAGAGAGUCUCCCUCCCUUACCUGAACCCUGCAAAUCCCUUAUUGCCCAAUUGCUUCAGUUCAGUCCAGCUUCCCGACCUGGAGUAGGGCAAAUAGCCAAAAACAGCUGGCUGAAAGGAGGAAUCUUAAACAAAGAAGCCUCUUCCAGAUAA